CAUGAGACCCCUUUCUUCUCUCUUCUUGGGAAAAACUACUCCGAUCGCUAGAAAGAAUAUUACCAGAGUCGCUGCUUCAAUCCAGCCAUCAGAAGAAGGCUUUGUUUCUCUCAUCCACGCUUCCAAAACUACCAGACAGCUCGAACAGAUCCAUGCCCAGCUUUUCAUUCACAACCUAUCGCAGAACAGUCGCCUCGUCACCCAGCUUAUAUCUACUUGUUCUUUAUUCAGAUCCAUAGAAUAUGCGCUUUCCAUCUUCAAUCAUUUCUCUCUUCCAAAUUUAUUUGUCUUUAAUUCAUUGAUUCGGGCCCUCUGCGAAAAUACCCAGUUUGAGAAAUCGAUCUACUGCUUUGUUUCCAUGUUACAGAUUAAUGUCCAACCCAACCGUCUCACCUUCCCAUUUGUCCUCAAAUCGGCCGCGUCAUUGCUUGCACAUGGGCUUGGAAGGUCUUUGCAUGCGCAGACCGUCAAGCUCGGUCUUGAACUUGACUCAUUCAUUCGGGUUUCUUUGGUCGACAUGUAUGUGAAAGUUGAUUAUUUGGAUUUCGCAUUACAGUUGUUUGAUGAAACUCCGGAAGGAAAUAAGUGUGCAAGUAUAUUACUAUGGAAUGUUUUGAUUAACGGGUAUUGUAAAGCUGGGGACGUGAAGAAAGCGAAUGAGAUUUUUGAGGCAAUGCCGGAGAGGAAUAUUGGUUCUUGGAAUAGUUUGAUCAAUGGGUUUAUGAGAAAGGGGGAUGUCAAGCAUGCGAGGGCGCUUUUUGAUCAGAUGCUGGAAAAGAAUGUGAUUUCUUGGACUACCAUGGUUUCCGGGUAUUCUCAAAAUGGGGACAAUGAACGGGCACUGGAUAUGUUUGAUAGAAUGCUGAAGCAGGGUGUGAGGCCUAAUGACCUUACGAUUGUCUCUGCACUAGCAGCUUGUGCAAGAAUCGGAGCUCUAGAAAUUGGAACUCGUAUCCAUAAUUAUGUUUCARGCAAUGGCUUCCGCUUAAACAGAGCACUAGGCACAGCUUUGGUGGAUAUGUAUGCAAAAUGUGGGAAGAUAGAGUAUGCAAGCAGGGUUUUUGGUGAGACAAAAGAGAAAGACCUUCUCACUUGGAGUGUUAUGAUUUCGGGUUGGGCAAUGCAUGGAUGCUCUGCGCAAGCUCUUCAGUGCUUUGAGGAUAUGAAAUCCACAGGAGUGAAACCGGAUGAAGUUGUUUUUCUGGCAAUUUUAACUGCUUGCUCCCACUCGGGCCUGGUGGAUCAAGGAUUUCACUUUUUCAACAGCAUGAGGUUUGACCAUUUGAUUGAGCCUACUGUGAAGCAUUACACAUGCAUGGUGGAUCUAUUUGGCCGGGCUGGUUGGCUGGAAGAAGCUUUGAAUUUCAUCGAGAAAAUGCCUAUUAAACCUGAUUUUGUGAUAUGGGGAGCACUUUUUUGUGCAUGUAGGGCCAACAAAAACAUUAAAAUGGCAGAAUUAGCAUCAGAGAAGCUCUUGCAGCUAGAACCUAAACACCCGGGAAGCUAUAUUUUCUUGUCCAAUAUUUAUGCUGGAGUUGGGAGAUGGGAUGAUUCAGAGAGUGUGAGAAUUGCGAUGAGGAAUAAGGGUAUUGAGAAACCUCCUGGAUGGAGUUACAUUGAGGUGGGAGGCAAAGUUCAUUAUUUUGUAGCAGGUGAUCAGACCCACAAGCAUACAAAAGAAAUUUAUGAGAAAUUGGAGGAGCUAACAAUCAAUGCAAGGGCACAAGGAUACUUGCCUGAUACAGAGUGGAUAUUCCAUAAUAUUGAGGAAGAAGAAAAGGAAGAUUCAUUGGGAAGUCAUAGUGAGAAGUUGGCCCUUUGCUUUGGGCUUAUUAGCACUCCUCCAGGGAUGGAAAUUAGGAUUGUUAAGAACCUUAGAGUCUGUGGGGAUUGCCAUUCUAUGAUGAAAUAUGCAAGUGAAAUGUGCCAUAGGGAGAUUAUUCUAAGAGACAUUAAGCGUUUUCACCAGUUCAAAGAAGGGCUAUGCACAUGUGGAGAUUACUGGUGAUACUUCCUUUCAUGGGUCCCCACAUUUUUGUUCAUGGAAAAUGACCAGUUUUAAUUAACAAUUUUAAGUUAAUGCUGAUAGUAUACUAGUGGAAAAAAUUCAUUUGGGCCAUUCAAAAAACAAAAUGAAAAAGAAAGAAACCCAGGUAUUCCCAAUAAAGGUUCUGAAGAUAAUGUACACAUUGAAGUA